AUGACCAGCAACAACAGCCACUGCCACCAGUUUUUUGUCGGCUACUGCUUCUGUGGCGCGCAUGGACCACUGGAUGCGGACUACGGGGCACUCGCGUGCGACCGCUGCAAGAAGAGCUUCUACAACGUCCACCGUGCAGUCGAGCGAACUGGUCGGCGCUGUGGCCCGCGGUGUGCCCAAAAUUCUAGGAUGUGUAGCUACCACAACCUCCUGCGCUACACGCAGAUCGGCAUGCGCCCCAACUGGAAGCUGCAAAACAAA